UAGACAUUCCUGCACCCACGGGAUGACUGAAUCCAGUCAGAGAUCAGGAAGAGCAUGAAAAAGCCUCAAAGCUUUUGGUUGAAGAUGCCGGGAGACGGAAACCCAAAGCGCAGUUUUUGUUUUUUGUUUUGUUUUUUACUUCCUUCCCCAACCCCUCCCCCCAAAAGUAGGACUACUCAUUUGACUCUUCAGCAGUUCUGAUGCCAACGAUUUGCAACGGUGAGGAGCUGGGUCUGAUCUGAUUUAUAUCCACUGUGAUCAACACUCAGGACUUUCCAGAUCGUGACCCAGGACUGCAGUGUAACCAGAUUCCUCACAAGAAGGACACUGUGAUUUUGGAUUCCUUGGUGGAGGAACACAAAGCUCUCUGGUCUUGCUGCCAACAAUGCAAGUGUGAUUGCUGGCAUCUUCAUGGGCUCCAGAGGUCACAGCACGCUCCCACGGACUCUCAUGGCCCCUCGGAUGAUUUCUGAGGGAGACAUAGGAGGCAUCGCUCAAAUUACCUCCUCUCUCUUCCUGGGCAGAGGCAGUGUGGCCUCCAACCGGCACCUCCUCCAGGCUCGUGGCAUCACCUGCAUCGUUAAUGCUACCAUUGAGAUCCCCAAUUUCAACUGGCCCCAAUUUGAAUAUGUUAAAGUGCCUCUGGCUGACAUGCCCCAUGCUCCCAUUGGACUGUACUUUGACACUGUGGCUGACAAGAUCCACAGUGUGAGCAGGAAGCAUGGGGCCACGUUGGUGCACUGUGCCGCAGGGGUGAGCCGCUCGGCCACUCUCUGCAUUGCUUACCUGAUGAAAUUCCACAGUGUGUGCCUGCUGGAGGCGUACAACUGGGUGAAAGCCCGUAGGCCCGUCAUCAGGCCCAACGUAGGUUUCUGGAGGCAGCUGAUAGACUACGAGCGCCAGCUCUUUGGGAAGUCGACAGUUAAAAUGGUACAGACACCUUAUGGCAUAGUUCCAGACGUUUAUGAGAAAGAGUCCCGACACCUGAUGCCUUACUGGGGGAUAUAAUGCCACCAAAGCCUGCAUCAGCAGCCCCUUGAGCAGUACCAGCAUCUGCUACACACCGUCUGUUCCCCUCUUCACCUUUCUUUUCAAAUGGUUGACUCUUGGUUCUCCCUGAAGUGUUUUUUACACUGGGUGUUCAAGUUUAUUUUAAAAGAUAGGGAGGGGGGGAGGAACAUUAAGGGGAAUGCAUACAUUGCUAGUAACAUUUUUAAAACUAACAUUUUGGAAUAGUGUUUAUGAAAAUCUUUAACUGGCUUUUAAUCAUCAUUUUUAACAAUUUGAACAGUUUAAUAAACUGUUUGGUUCUGCUAUAUUCUGAAUCCCAUGCCUUUAGGCAUUAUGGCAGGUGCCGAAGGAGCUCAGUGCAAAAAUCACUUUGGGUCCUCAUUAACCCUUUAGAGACAAGCUUUGCCCAAGGCUGCUGACCACACAGAUGCUUAGGGAAGAUUGAUACCAGCUUCAGUCUCUACUGGAUUAGCCCUACUCUUUCCUUUCCUAUUAUUUAGUGACUCUGUAAGUUAAAAAAAUAAAUAAAUAAACCUUUGUUAUCUAGUUGUUAAGUAAUUAUGAAAUCUGCUGCAAACACCCUCUUGGAAUCAUUGUGCCCCAGGACUAUAUUAGCACUAUUUUUAAUAAAUAUAUCUGCAUAACA